GCACGCAGGUAAAUAUAAAGGUGAAUGCAGAAGAGAAAGAGAUCUGGAUACAAGUUGAGACGCGCAAAUGCUUUCCAACUUCCCACGAGUGAACAUUCCCAAGUCGUACGUUGAAAAAUAAUACGGAACAUAAAAUACUACAACAGAAUUCCUAACAGGCUGUAAUAGACACGCAGGUUACGCAAUGGAGCAUCAAGGGCAACUCCACCCGUUUCUUGGACAUUUCCGCUAUCAUUCUGACCCUUGGGAGUCAGCGUAUGGUCGACCCCUCAGACUUUACAACCAGCAUUUUGGAAAUGGUUUGGUAGAGGAGGACCUGCCCCCACUGGACACUUGGGCUAUGAUGCAUCCCCGCCCACGAAGGGUGUGUCCCCACAGAGAAAGUGCAAUCUCUCAAAUCAAUUGCACAGAGGACGAGUUUCAGGUGAAGGUGGACGUGCACCAGUUUCGACCCUCAGAGUUGUCGGUGAAAGUAGUUGAGAACUACGUGGUGGUGGAAGGUCAGCACGAUGACCGUGAGGAUGCACAUGGCUACAUCACACGACACUUCAAGCGUCGAUACCGCCUUCCGGACAACGCGAAGGAGGACCAACUUCGGGUCGAUUUAAGUUCGGACGGAAUACUUGAAAUUUUCGCUCCUAGAAUGGUAGAAGCCCACCAUGACCCAAAUGCAGCAAAAGCCUUCCCGAUCCAUCAAACCGGGAAACCAGCCAGCGUGUCGGGGGGAUGCGGGGGUCAAAUAAACGGGGGCCAUCAUUUCCACAGCUUGAGUGCAUAAUUGCGAAUAUCAACAUGUAUUAUGUCACAGCGUGGAUGGAUAUUCAGUAUUAAAUGUACAACAAUGUAUCAAGUUGAUAGUAUCAACUAAUUACUACUGCUGAAUAAGGUGAUCAGAUUACAUAAUAAUUAAUUCCUGUGCCAUUUAGAAAAUCAUUAACCUGUCUAAAUCACAUCAUGAGCCAUAUUUCCAUUUAUUAUUAUUACAAAGAUUUCGAUCACUUGACUUUGGUCAGUUUGGCGAUUACGCGCAUAUGCAUAAUAAAUUAUUCUUUACAUAUACAUAUUAAUGCGUAGAUGGUAGUAAUAAGUAUUAGCUUUAAUUUUGUUUCAAAAUGAUAAACACACAUGAUAGAAACAUAGAAGACUAAAUUGCGAUGUAUAGUGUAAUACUUAAUAAGACAAGCAGUUAUGCCCUUGUGAUAAUGCUCAUGUAUAAGCCUGAGAGCAGGGUAUGCUACCCCGGGUUUUUGGGGUAUUGGGGUAUU